AUUCCUCAAAUAAUACCAAUUAAUUGAAUUUUAUUUUUUUUUUUUUUUUUAUUUAUUUUUUUAUUAUUUAAUAUUAUAAAUUAUUAUAUUAAUUAUAAUUUUAAUUUUAAAUAUAAAAUAAAAACUAACCUAAAUAAAAAAUACUUAUCUUGAAAAUGAUAA